CAAAAUGAGAAAAAGAAAAUUGGAGUCACGAAGUACACCUGAAGAUGUGACAUAUUUUGAGAAUCCAGAUAAAGUUAUCAAAACUGACCAAGCAGGUGUCUUUUAUCUAGGAAAUCAUGAUGCUGAGAUUUGCUAUGGCGCAGAACCUGAUCUUAACAAACAUGUUACUGGCUGUAAGAAAAAUCCAGGUCACAAAGAUUUUAUACCUCUUAAAGAUUUCAACAUAAAUUACCUCCCCUCACGUUACCAUGACGACAACCUCAUGUCCGACACGAUCAAAACAUUGGCAGCCCUAACUAUCCAGUUAAAGACGAAAUUCACCAGUCUAAAGAGACCAGAGUUUUACCCAGGAACUCUAGCUCCAUAUCCAUGUUAUAAUGACAGAGGAAGUCACGUGAUGAGGUUAGGGACGGGGAGGGUGUGGCGAGUGGAUAAGUACACAGAGAGUGACAAAACUUGUCGUUGUGCCAAUUGUCGAAUCUCUGCCACACCCAGCAAAGUGUGGGGGGAGAUUUGUGUGUUGACAGCCACACAUGUGGUGUUUGAUGACAGUGAGGCGAGGCAGACCAGGUGUGUUUUAGGUUUUGAUGACAAUAAAAGUCCAGUAGUCAGUCUUGAUGGUUGGGAGGCGGAGGGUGGGGCAAACAUUGAGAGUGACAGGUGUGAGUUGAAAUAUUUUACAUGUAACUUCGAAUUGGUUGAUGAACUGGACAAGAUUUGUCAGCGCUUUGAUGGUCUAUGUAGGGAAGUAUGGGACAAAUACAAGAGUUUUGUUGAUGUGGACAAGUUGACCGUUAUAGUGUCACAUCCUCAUGGCUUUCCUAAACAGGUCUCUGUAGGACAAUGGACACACAAACAUGAGAGGGAUGAUAUUUUCGAGGAUGAAAUCACCUGGACCAGGUACGUGUACAAUGCAUGCACAUGCCCAGGCUCCAGUGGAGCAUUUGUCUACAGGCCAGGAUAUGUGGUUUUAUAUCUGCAUCCCCACAGUGGAUCAAACUCUCAUGGAAAUUAUAGUGGGGAGUACUGGGGCUAAUGUCAAAAUUAGUUUUCUCCCCUUGUCUACUCAAUGUAAACAAACAAUAUGGCGCAACCUUCAUUGAGUUAAGACUUGUAUAUGUUAUCAACAUUUUUUACAAAUACAUUAUUUUAAAAAGUUAAAA